GGUACAAGAUGAAGCGUAUCACUCUAGUUGCUUUGGGAUUGUUAGUCCUUGCGGUCUGCGUAUCUACGCAUCCAGGUGGCUGGAAGGGCAAGGGUGGUGGAAAAAAUAAUGGAAGCAAAGACAAUGGUGGACAAGAGGAUGGCGGUAAAAAAGAGAGCGGUAGCGGCGGCGGCGGCGGCGGCAACGGUGGUAAAAAUGGCGGGAAAGGGGGCGAUAAAAAAGAUGGUGGAAAUGAGAGUAGUGACAGUGACAGUGACUCAAAUAGCGAUGAAAAAGGCGGUGGCGGCAAACGAGGUUCUCAUAAAAAAUAUUGGCAGGCGGCUAAGACGCGGUUACAAUAACAGCGGAUAUGGUGGCGGAUACACACGCGGGAGCGAUGAGCGCGACGCUAGUACUAGCAACGAAAGCGGCAAUGGAUGCAGCAGUGAGAAUACCAGAAAUUACAGCGGCAGCCGUGAACUGGCGUACAACAGAGAUGGACGACAAUCCAACGAUAAUGCUCGAGGGACGCGGUCGUUCGCUAAAGCGUCCGCUUCCGCUGUCGCUAGCUCCUUUAGCCAAAACCUCAAGACUAAGAAUGUAUCAUAGCUUCAGUACAAAGAUUAUGUAGUUU